ACCGCUCAUGCGUGGUCAUAUACCACUGCCGUGCCUAUAUAAACCUACCAACUACCUGUGUCACCUCAUUCAUAACUGGAUCAACGUGAAUGAUCGCUGUUCGCUUGAAAUGACUGGAUAAAAAAAAAACAGUUAUUGCAUUGCACGAGUUCAAAUCGUGUACAAAAGUUGGCAUUAAGUUAUAUGUGGUGAUUCGGUUAGAGCACACUGUUUAAGAGGAUAAGACCUUUUACGGUAUUCCGUUCACUUGAAGGACCAUUACACACAAGUCUUAACAAAGCACCUCAGGCAAAGUUAGCUUUUUAGCCUGAGCUUUGGACAAACAUUGUAUCGGAACGGUGACUUUAUUGACUGAUAAAGGGCACCGUUGAAUUAUUUAGAGGAGACGUGAGGAUUUCCGUGCGGUUGAUCCAUCGAGCAAUUACAGGCCGGCGGGGAGAUGACUGCGGCAAUGGGUUUGGCGCGGACUUGGUGGUUGGCUGUUGUGCUGGUGUUCUUGGCUUGUACAUGCGUCACGAAUGUGGCCUUUAGCAUUGACGGCUGGCCUUCAUUGGCAGGGCGACUAAGGCUCGUCGAUGGCACCACUGAUAUGGAGGGCGUGGUCGAAACCUUCAUCUAUGAUGAAUGGAGGAUGGUGUGUGGUCAAAACUGGACAAAGGAGGCUGCGCACAUGGUAUGCCGACAGCUUGGACAUAUCGGCGGGGCGGUGGAAGCGCGAACCCAACCCACACCCGAGGCUUUGCUUUCAGAGCCGGUCCUUGUGGAUCUGGUGGCUUGCGUUGGGAGAGAAGGGGAGAAUACGGAGUGCGAUGACUACGUGUCGUCCGGAGAUGACUGGUGUAACCCGUUCGAGGUUGCCUGGGUCAGAUGCGCCUCUGAAACCACUGAGCUCUUCCCAUUGAAGCAAGCUCUCAACAUGGGCUCGGAGCAGGCGAGUGGAGUCAAGCCGAUUGCUACCGAUGUCAGCGAUGGGAGCGUGACCCUCGAUUGGUCGGACUGGUACCGGGAGAUUGACGGCGAGAGUCUCUUUCUCGUUCGCUUCAUUAUCAAGUAUCGUAUCGCCGAUAACGAUGCUACCAUGCAGUACGAGAUAGCGGCUGAACCCCGUAACUAUGAGACUCGCCAUACCGUUACUGGCUUGAAGGAGAGGACCAGGUACGAAUUCAUCGUAGAGGGAGUCAGGCUUGGACUAGAAGGUGAGGAGGUUGGGCCUACUACACAACCUCUGGUUGUCAUCACGCCAUGUGGGGCUCCGUCUCAGGUCAGCAAUGCUGUCGUGUGGCCUCAGAACGGCACAGGGAAGGUGUUGAAGCUGUCCUGGGGACGCCCCGAUGACCCAGACUGUUCCCCGAGCUCUUACAUUGUCGAAUUCAGGCAGCUGAGCCUGGGGCAGUGCGAGCGGGAAGCCCAGGUACUAGACAGCACCUCGUUGGCAGGCAGCACCGAGCUCACGCAGUUCACCAUAGGCGGCCUGCAGCCACACUCAACCUACACGGUGUACGUCACGUCACGCAAUCGGUACGGGAUCAGCCAAGCGUGGCGACACAAUGUCACCACUAACGAGGAAGUGCCUUCUGCAGCGCCAACUGGCCUACAAUCCAAGUAUGUGGACGGGACCAAGCUGCGUGUCUCGUGGGACCCCGUCCCGUGUGGACAUCGAGGUGGCAUCAUCACCGGCUAUACCUACAUACUCCUGGACGUGACAACGGAUCAAGUCAGCUACAGUGAUCAUACCAGUGACACCAACGUAGUUCUGCCUGAGUCACGUGCCCUCAGACGCUACAAGUUUCUGGUGGCCGCCAACACCGCGGUGGGCCGUGGGCCGUAUGCUGCCUUCUCGGUGGAUGCCCAACCAAAAAUCCUAGACAUCUGCGGGCGCCCCGCUCCAUAUGACGCAAGCAGAGACAUCGUACAGAAGAUCUCAACUGGCACAGAUGCCCGCAAGGGUUCAGCCCCUUGGCUUGCACAGCUCUGGUACGUCGACAAGGGAACCCUCUUCUGCCAUGGCUCUAUCCUGGACAAUCGCUGGAUCCUGACUGCUGCUCACUGCAUCCGUGCUCGGAAUGCCACCAAAAAUGACAUCAUGAUCCGUCUGGGCGAUCACGACAAGAGCUUACCGGAGAUGGAAGAGCAGGUCUACCGCGUGGAGGACAUCAAGGUGCAUCGUUCAUUCAGUACCAAAUUGUUUGAUGCCGAUGUGGCUCUCGUCAAACUUACACAGGCCAUCCAAUUCACGGACUAUGUGAAACCAAUCUGCUUACCCGUCAAACCGCUGUCCAAGUCCAUGCUAAGGCCUGGCACCUACGGGACGGUAUCAGGCUGGGGGAAGGUGUCUAGUCAUGACGAGAACUAUCCUCGUCACCUCAAGAGAGUCACUCUCCCUGUUCAAGACCAGGUGGUAUGUCGUCGUUCCACGCAUUUUGAGGUCACCCCAAACAUGUUUUGCGCUGGUUACAGUGCUGCUAAUAGGGGAGACUCGUGUGAAGGGGACAGCGGGGCCCCGUUUGCUGUCCAGCACAUGAACACUGACAGAUGGUACAUACUGGGAGUGGUCAGUUGGGGGGAGGGGUGUGACAGGAAGGACAAAUAUGGCUUCUAUGUACGCCUCCAUAGAUACACAGCUUGGAUUCGUAAACAAACAGGAAUUAAACUGAGCUAGCGACGGAGUAUUUUCGGUAUUUUAUUGUGAUCUAUGCAAUUUUUUUAAACUCUCUUCAAGAUAUUCCGAAAUAUAUAACUUCCAAAUCUGGCCUAAUAUUUACUUUUUAUUUAAUGCUAAAUUAAUAAAAGCGCAGCAGCUGCGUCGCACUGUAGUUUCAAAUAGAUUGACAAUACGCUUCAUAAAUAACAGUGUACAAUAACCUCGCGCCCGAAUCCUCACCUUUUCGCCCCAUUGUUUAAAACGAUUUUAAAGUAUUUAAUUUAUUUAAGAGAAAGCACUGAUAUUGUCGAUACAUGUAUAUACCCCAAAGGGGACAGUUUUUCGUUUUAUGGUGCUUUGAUGCCUGAAGAUAGAAGAAAAACCUGGUAUAUAUACGAAAGCUCGCGUCUAUACUUAAAACCAUUUUUAAUUGCGAAAGUUUGUCAUUCGUGUUUAUCAUCAGGAAGUAUUCGAAGCAGAAACUGCAAGUAGAAUGACCCUGAUUUAGGGCCUUAUUAAGUAAUGUUGAUGACCGAAACAGCAAGCCAAAAAGCUCAACUAUAUAUAUGGAACACGCAUAAUGAGAGUGAUGGAACAUUUUUUAGUCAAUUUCGUCGCCUUUAGGUCUAUAAAGUAUUGAAUAUUCUUGAUCACAGUUUAGCUGUGAAUUCCAACUGAUCUUACCAUGUUUACCGAAACAAUGAUUAACGCGAGGAAGUUAUAGUUCUAACACACGUGACCAACAACAUACCAACAUCACUACGUCUUUUAUCAUUAUGGAAGCAUUUGCAUCUUUGUGUACAUUCAGAUUUUUCGAGCAUGAUUAUUGCAAUCUGACCUUUUGUACAUUGUCUUCAACUGUCUACAUAUUUUGUAUUAUGCAGAACAUGCCAUUAUUUACCGCCACUGGAUAUAACUUGACGCUCAAAGUUAGUCUAUGGAAUAGCCGAUUGCACAACAAGCGCCUAUAUUGCGAUAGGCCUAUGCGUGCAGAUUCAGCCAUCAAUUUGCAAAACAAGUCUGCACCUGGACCUCCAGAUUCUGACCAUUCAGUGGGUGCCUAUAUACGGGUUUCGAUAACCCGUUGUUAUAUUAUAAAAACAUGGCAGCCAAAACUUAUUGACCAGUCAACAGCUUAGGCCGAAUUUCUGCUCGAAACGACGUCACAACUUCUGAAGACUUGCACACUUUAUGCCGAUUGGCUGGUGCACUUGCACACUUUAUGGUGCAUGCACACAUUAUAUCAGACGUUGUUGGGAAGCUUGCAAUGCGGGCUCCGUUUAACAACGGGUGAUACUCAGCCUACUUCAAGCCAGCAUUUUGAGUGAAACAAAAAUAUUGUAUUUGGUGUUAUCCCGCCUUGUAGUUGACCCACAGGAUAAAGCGACAACUGGUCCAAAUAGUGCAACUUAGCUUACCUUUGGAUUAACUUAGAAGCUUGAGUGGUUACCAAAAAUAGCGGAGGGGUAAAGAGGUUACCUAAAAUGUUAUCGUUGUAUUUGGGUGUUUUCCUAGUUUGCUGUUGUAACAGAGUAGAUAUUCCAUUUACAUUCCUCAGUCAAGAUUUCAAGGAAAAACAAUCGGUUACAAGAAGCUUAACUUUACCCGUUGAUAGAGUAAUGGAGUUAAUGGAGUGGCUUCCCUUUGUUAGUACUGGAUGUCGAGGAUCUUGUGUUAUGUCGAACUUAGUUAUUUCUUGCCAGUUGAACUUUUUUUUUUUAAUAUGGAAGUGUCUUAUAAAUAUCAUGUCUUCGUAUAGGUGAGGUAAACUGUGUAAAACUAAAUUUACUUACUUAAAUUGAUCGGCUUAGAAAAUGCAACUCAACUACCGUCACUUUGUUAGCUGUUAUGCAAUCUGUAUGGUAUUGGCUUUUCCCAAACGUAUAUGUUAAAGAGUAUCUCUAUUAAUGUUAUUCACUUAUUUUUGGAAUUCUGUAUAGGCCUACUUGCGUGUUUAUUGUUGCCCGUAUAAGAGUGUACACGUACACGAAAUGUCAUGUAUCUUCGUUUGAAGAGUUAUGAGUUAAGCGUUUGUAAGCGCUGUCCGUAGUUACAUUGUUAUCCUUGGUAUUUAUAUUUCUGUGGGCAUUUCGGUGACAAUUCUACAUGUGAGAAUGAUGUCAAGUUAGAAGUGUAUUGCGGUGCUUGGUGUGGCAACCAUACAAGGCCCCAACUUCCUUAUCUCCAGCGAAUGAUUACUGGAUUAUAUUAUGUUAUAAAGACAAUCAGACACAUGCUGAUUGUAACUUAAAGCUAUACAUCAGUAUCAGUCCGAUAUUCAUACUACCCUAUAAAACAGUUUAAUCUGUGUUGAAGUCAUAUAGAUGAUUCUCGUUAAUCAGAGAUUUGUGUUUGACGUUGUCAUCUUUUAUCUAAUGCAGCGAUGCAUGGUGACAUUACAUUCAAAGAAAGUGCAAUACGUUUUCUGCUGCUAGCAAAACAGAGAGCAGAAAAACUGUCAUCUUUACCUUUUUUUUUUUAAGAAGUAACUGAUAGUCCUCAACACUCAAAUUCCAUUGUUUAAAUUGUAUAAUAGCGCGUAUUCGGUGUAUUUAUUUGCAGUGCUAGGCUGUUAAAACAAAUGGUAAUUUAAACUUUUAAAUUCGCUGUUUUUCAAACAGACACAAACGUGACAAUAGCGCUAAAGGCUUGUAGACCGUCGUUUCGAUUUUGUCUUAAAAUAUUAAAUGUAACUUAACGUCAAUGUUAAAAGAAAAUAUUGAAAUAGCCGCUUCUAUAUUUACACUUUA